CAAUGUAGACAGUGGAAAAGAAGCAGCUGUUCGCCGGCAGUCUGUCUAUCUUUUCAUGUCUGCUACAUAAAGGUUUGAUAGCAGUCAUCAGGAUAUCACAUCAAUAGUGUUUUGUUUCCCAGCGGAUGUGAGACUGUGGUGGAUUUCAGAAUGAGCAAGAGGGGGAGAAGGAGAAAUAGCAAGAGGAGGAAGAGCUCCAGCAGCAACAAACAGAGUAUCUCACCAUACAUCUUUAAAAAGCAGAACAAAAGCACUGUCUGCACCAAAGAUGACAUUGUUGAAAAGGGAGAAACAGACUCUUUUCGAAAGGAAAAUGUACUGUCAAGAUCUGAAGAUGAGGAAAAAUACAACAAUCCUGAACCCAAGGAGAAAAGAUUUAAGCAAGAUUAUCACUUGAAUUCAUUUGCACACCAAAAGAGUAUUUAUACCAAAACAACAAAGGACGAGAAGAACGGAGUGAAAAUAGUAACCUCAGUUUCUGUAACAGGAGAUUCAUCACCAAAUAUUAUGUUUCAGCAGUCACAAGAACCCUUAUCUGAAAAUCAAAUCCACUCACCAAUUCCAGUUACUAACAUCCUGAAUAUUAACUGCUCUGGAUCACAUUUAAAACUUCAGCUUAAUACAUCUGGCAACAAGACCACACUUGUUUUCAUGAAUAAAAGCUGGUCCAGUACUGAGGUUUUUAAGAGCAAAUUUGAGGAGACAUGGAUGCCAGACAAUGAGUCUUCUGAACAACCAUUGGAUAAUGUCCCCGAUGAGGAAAAAAAUCACAACAAUAAUGACAAAGAUCACACUGGAACCACAAGUAAACAAGCUGAGCCUUAUUGUGAUUCAAAAUGUGCCAGAUCUGCAAAUAUAUGGGACAAUCCAGACUGCAGUCAAUGCUGUAGUGAUGACAAACAACAAGGAUCGGGAGACUUUAAACUGGCAGAUCAUCUAUCAAGCCCACCGCUGCUGUUAAAUAUUAAACCUCAAGGAAAGAGGCAAAGUUUCCAUACAAGUCUCAGUUCUGGUGAUGAGUUCUGGCACAUCCCCCCACCCCAAGAGUUUGCAGAUAUUAAAAACAAUAGUUUAGAAGGUCUGACACAAGACUUAGCUUCUUGUAGAAUCAACACUUCUAGUCCAGCUGUUGAUAAACGAGGAGACUUGACCUCCACUGAGGAACUUCAAUGUCUAUUUUGUGCACAAGAAGAAGAAAGAGGGGGUCUGCCACCUUCUUUUGAUGAGUUAUCACAAUCUGACAAUUAUGACCCAGUGUUCAUGAGACCCUUGAUGUCUACCAACAGGUCUAGCUUCAUGAAAGACUUCAUCAAUAGUCAGAAAAGAAAAUCCUGGAUUAGAAAUAAUAGUAUUGCCACCGUCGAACACAAAGUAUGUUCAUUACCCAAGAAAAGACGUCAAACAUUUCCUGGGAUGUCACAGGGUCUAGGACUGAUGCAGGAAGAUCUCCAGCUACCUUACAGAGAAUCUUUUUCCUCUUUGGUCAUGUGCUCACUUCCCCUCCAGACAGAGAGGCUAGAAAGGACUGAAAAGGGCGAUGACAGGUUAUCUGCAUUUGGAUUAGAAAAUGAUACAUUUUCACAAACCAAAGGGAGUUUAAAACAAGUCCCGGAAAUUCUAGACAGCCAUGACAGAGCACAGCCAUUGCUCAGUCCAUUCUAUGUGACUGGUUCUGAGAUUAAUCCUGAAAUCAUCAUGAACACUGAACACUGUGAAAGACAUGACUUCAACAGUCAACAUGAUACUAACUUGAGCAUUUAUAAGGAUAUGGAAAGUCUAGACACUGAUGAUUGUGAAUAUACUGUUGAUCAAUGUGAAGUAGCAGACAGUGGAUUUGACCAAGAAUUUGGAGAAGGAGAAUAUCACAGUCCAGAGCCCCUUACAGAAGAGCUAACUCGAAGAGCUUUUUCUAUACAAGUCAUCCCUCCAUCCUGCAGUGGCUCAGAGGAACAUAUGCUACAGAGUCACCCAGAAAUACUACCUGCAAACAAUGAGGUUAAAAAUGCAAACCAGAAGGAUUCAGUCUCUUUUUUACCCGGAUAUAGCAAGUUCUCAGUCCAGACAAUAACAGAUGGUGCAUUUGAGCCAAGUCUCUUGCAGAGGGACUCACAAUUAUCCCUGGAUAGUUGUCUAAAGAGGGAUUUUAGAAAUGCUGUGGACGACCCAUGCAUGUCCCUCUUGCAGGACUUAGAUGUAGAAUCAUUAAACUUAAAUGAUGUUACAGAGGACAUUAAACCUAAACCAACUAGUGAAAACAUGGAAGAUACCGACCCUAUUCUCCCACUGAUAAAUGAGAGGACAGAUUAUCUGGAAAUCGACACAGAAAAUUCAAGACAACCUGCAAGCAUAUCAUCAGGUCCAGCAAAAGAUUUUAAAGACACAGAGGUCCUUGCAAAAGAGACGCUUAGUAAAACUAACAGGACUGAAAAACAGAUUGUAUCUAAAUCUUCUUUAGAGAUCAAGGAGCAUCUGAAGCCUGUGGUUCAUAAAGAUUCGGAAACAAGUGGCUCUGAACACUUGGCUAAAAGGCGAAAGCUCUUCAAAGAGAGCAAGCAGUGGAGCUCUGUUGGAGGAAGCUCAAUCACCAGUGACAUCACAGAGGAAUCAGUAUCAGAGGACACGCCUUCUAUGGACAUAGCAUUUCAAGAAAAUGAAGACAGGGGCUUUUAUACAGAAACAUUCCACUCAUCAGCAUGGAUUUUUCAAGGAGAUAAUGUAGGCUCUGGGGGAAUUCAUACCAGCCUAACCACCAGAACUCGUGCCGUCUCAAUUCGAGAGAGGACUGUUAAGAUCAGCAAAGGGACAGGAGAAUAUCCCUGGGGCUUUCGAAUACAGUUUUCUAAACCCAUUGUGGUCACAGAGGUUGACACAAAUGGAGCUGCAGAGGAAGCUGGGUUGAUGGUAGGAGACUAUGUCCUAGCUGUCAAUGGUAUUGAUGUCACCAGCAUUCCUCAUUCUGAAGCUGCUGAUUUAGCCAGACAAGGUCCAGAUGUUCUGACAUUGACUGUUGGUUCAGACAUUGCUCGUGGUCCUAACGCACCGAGACCAGCCUGUCGUGGUUACCUUCAUAAGCGUACUCAGUCUGGUCUGAUUAAAGGAUGGAGAAAGAGGUGGUUUGUACUGACGCAUGACUGCUGCCUUUACUACUACAGACACAAACGGGAUGAAGGCAAAAGGCAGGCACUUUCAGCAAUAAAGAUGGAAGGGGCUGAGGUGGGACCAGACACUUCACUUGGAAAACCAUUUGUGUUUAAGUGUCAUCCUCAGUCUGGUUUUCGAGUUUACUUCUUCUGCGCCACUUCCAACCAGGAAAUGAAAAGAUGGCUGGAAGCAAUGGAGAAAUCUACCCAUACCAUUACACAAAACCAUGUUUGGGUGGAUGUCACUAAACACAACUCUAAUCUGCCCCCGCUGGCUGUAAAAAAUCCAGACUGUCUUGGAUUGCUUCAUAAAAUGGAUAAAAGCAAGGAUUCCUGGGUACAGCACUACUGCAUUCUGAAGGAUGGGUGCCUCUACUUGUACAGUGGCAUCCGUGCAACUCACGCACAAGGUGGCAUCUACCUUCAGGGUUACAUGGUGCGAGAGCAGUCUUAUGGAGCCAAGAAUUCAAUCAUUGAGCUGAAACCUCCAUCUGAUGAGUUCAGAACUUUCUACCUGUGUGCUGAAAACGCAAAUGAAAAUAAACGAUGGAUUAUAGCUAUCAAAGCUUCAAUAAAGAAGUGGCUGCCUUUACACCAGGCACUUCAGCACUACAUGAAUGGACCACCAGAAGAGACCAGAAUGUGAUUGAACAUGUGUCUGUAAAUACUGACAGAAUCUUGUGGAUCACUGAUUAAGCCUCCUGUUUGCAGACUGCUAUACUUUCCAUAUGUGAGGGACAAGAUUAUUUAUUUGAUUUUUCUUUCUUCUCUUUUUUUUACACUGCUUACUUUCAGCCUCGUUCAUUUUUUAUAAUUCAUUGUGGAUUUUUGCAAUGGAUUCUAAUUUUUUAGAUCAAGGUUGUAUACGCAAACAAAUGAGGCGUAAAAUUUAUACUCUAUAAAUAAAUUUUAUUAUGAUUAAAAAACAGUCACAUGGGAAAAGUCAGUACAUCGCUAAACGGUUCAAAUAUCACAUCGAUCACCUUCAUCUGUGUAGACUGUAUUAAAAGGAUUACAUGUGUGUUUCCAUUUCCUGUGAUGUAUUAUUUUACCUAACUAAUCUUAUACCUAAAAAUACCUUAUACCUUUUCAUUGUUUUUAAACAACCAUGUUCUUUUCCUUUGAAAGCAUCCUUUACACGUCCUGUAUGCCUGUCUCUAUAGACAGCACCAACUACUUAAGAAUGCUGAGGAUUUUGCAGGACGGUGACAUCAGGCUUAUAGGCAAAAUAAUAUCUGGAUAUUAAUAAAAUUACUUCUGAUAUUUUUCAUUUUCUUAAAGGAAAUGUGAGUCAUUUUAUUGUUUUCUGUGUGCACGUACUUCAGUUAAAAAAUUUUUUUAGAUAGCUUCGUAAAACAAUUCACAAGAUUAAAAUUAACAACAGACUCAGUGAAAACAAAAAGAUAUUGAUUACAUCAGUUUAGCUAAUUGCCCUUUAAUCUUUAGCCAUUUUGUUCUGUACUUCAUUUAUACUGUGUUGUGAAUUCCAAAAGCUCUUUGGGCAGGUUUCAUUUUUUAAAAUUUUUUAUAUCACAUGUUGACAUUUCUAUGCUUUUAUAUUAAUAUGGUGUUUUUAUACCAGUUUUCCUUUUGAUACUUCCCCCCCACUGUAGAACAGACAGAAAUGUAUUACUGUCACUGUAAUAAAUUCUACAAUCAA